AAAAAGACGUAGGUACUAAAAAAUAAUUUUCAGAACAUGUACCGAACUGUACCAGAUUAUAAAACACUUAGAUAACCAGUUAUACAUGCUUUAAUCUGCUAUUUUUCAGUGAUAUUCGAUGAAAUAAACUACACAAGAAUUCACUUGUACGUACUUACUCGUACUUGCAAUUUUAGUGAUAUUAUUUUAACGUGAACAACAAUGGGCUCCACAGUUCAAAAUACAAAUUAUUGGCACUGCUACAUUUGUGAAUUGGAUAUACCAGCAUCACAUAUUGAAGAGCAUAAUGAAAGUUGGAAACAUAGUAUGUAUGUAUCGAUAUGUCAAGAAUCACUAAAAAGGCUGAACAACCAUAUUACCGUAAGAAACCGCGAUUUAUCCCAUCGCAAGAAAAGUACGAAUAUCACAGAGUUUUGUGCCAACUGCUCUGUAAUAGUUGAGAAUAACGAUCACAAAGCAUCAAGAAACCACAACCAAUCGAAGACAAAAGAUGUGCUGAUGGAAAAUCUUUUUAAAUUAUACGUUAGUUCCUCCAACUUCAACAAAAAAUUCCUCAACGAAUUAAAAAAUACCAUAACAGAACUGGUGACACUACUUAGCACAGAAUCUGAGCGAACUAUUUCUGAUAUGAAAUAUAAAACAACAGAACCACUUAAUAAUGGAAUCACGUACGAUAAAUAUAUAAAACCUUGUAUCUCGGAAGCAGACACUCAAACAAACAGUAAUACUUUUCAUAAUAGCGAAUGUAUUAUAGAAGUGCAAUCGCCAAACAACGAUAAAAAGGUAAAUAUUGUUGAUAAUAAUGAUUGUAAUAAACAUGACCAUUUGCUGAAAUUAAAAGUAGAAAAAACAAUAAGUGAGAACCGUAUAGUACACGACCAAUUAUUGCAAAAGUCUGAAAAAUCAUCAAAAUUCGACUGCAAAAUUUGCUGUAUUGAAAUAGAGGAUAACCCAAAAAUGAUUGAAACACAUAUAAAAUCCUCCGACAUGUCUUCCUAUUUCAUAAUCUUUUCGGCGACCGCUUAAAAUGUCUUGUCUGCAAUAUCCACCAUGUGACACCAAAGUGCGAAUUAUUACAUAUCAAUUCUAAUAAACAAUCAAUAGAACCCGCUGCAGUAACAAAGAAAAAUGAUGACUAUGAAAAAGUCAUCAACCGUUUGUGUAAUGACAAUAUUAUAAAAACUUUUUCUAAACUUUAUAAAAACGAAAAGGUAGAUAAUAAUUUAGAAGCAGAUAUACAAAGUUCUAAAGCCAGUAUUAAUUCCCCAAUCAUAAGAUGGGAUGAAGAUGGUGAAAGUGUAGAUGGUAAAGACAUGAUAAUUAAUAAUAUUUCGAAAUUUUAUAAAGACGAAAACGCAGAGGAUAAUUUAGAAAAAAAUAUUCAAAGUUCUAAAGCCAUUGUUAAUAUUCCAAAAUUAAGAUGGGAUGAGGAUGGUGAAAAUGUAACUGGUAUAGAUAUGGUAUUGCCAGAAGUAUUGAACGAUUGUAUUUCUGGCAAUACCAGUUGUUCAGAUAAAGACUAUUUUGAUUUUGAACGCAAAAUGUCUAAUAAGAACCGUAAAAAAAAGGUUAAUAAAGCCAAACAUAGUAAAAAAAAGAAACGAAAAAAUAAAAGUAACCAUCAAACCGAGGAGCCUCCAGAUCCUUUGAUGGACAUUGAUUUAGUAAAAAAGGGCCCAAAUAUAAUCUACUGUAAACUAUGUAGAAUAACUGUUUCAAAUAAACCAGGACAUGAUUCGAGACAUUUUAAAGGCAAUUUACACUCAACUGAGCGUCAGUUUUUCUUAACACGAAACAAAAUAACUGCCUCCCAUUUCUAUGAAAAUUAUGGUUAUCUUCACUGCGGUUGGUGUAACAUACAUUUUUACGAAGGGUUUAUACACGAACAUGUUUUAAGUGAAUCUCAUACAACACACAUCCAAGAAUUAAUUGAAUAUGAAAAUAAAAGACUGGAAUACUAUACGAGAGAAGCAGAACACCAAAAAAUCGUGUGUGUAAUAUGCAAUGAUGGAAAAAAAAUUUUUAAAGGUCUAGGGAUUAUAAAUUUGCACUUUACUAAUAUGCACCAUCUUAAUAAUCAUAAGGCUCUUUUGUUUAAUAAUGAAAUUGAAUUAUUUGACAACUCUUUGUUUUGUAACGUGUGUAACAUCGCUAUAGAAGACUUUCACGAUAUUAUCCAUAUCAGUGAUGAAUCGCACAAAAGAAAUUUAAAUGAGUUUAAUAAUGUAUUAAACAGCGAUGAUACCGAUGAAGAACAUGAAGUCUAUUAUUAUAAUAAAAAUUUACAAAGAGAACAAAAUAUUGAAUAGAUAGAUGUAACGAGUACCUACUAAACUUUCGAGACUUAAUAUAAACAUUUGCUUAGCCAUAAAUAAAAUAUAUUUUUAUUUGUGGAGAUAUCACAUCAAAUAAAAAGCAUUGUAAUAAUUUUAUUGAAGUAACUAAAACAUAUUUUGCCGGUUAUUACACGCCCAAUCAUAAACAUAACGUAGACACACUUGAAAUGUGUUAAUGAGUGUAUUAUAAAAAAAUAAAUUACCAUACACUCGCUGACCAACAUCACCUUAGAAGAAAAUCGAUCGUUUAAUCAUCUGCUAUCUGCGUUCCGUUUUGUGUUGGAGUCAAUUCUCAACUUUGAAGUCCUUCGCCCUUAUAUUAUAUUUAUUUAUUUUAUUGUUUGGAAAAAAAACAGCAUUUUAUAACACAGAGUUACUAAUUUAACUUUACAUUUGCCCAUUACACAAAAAGAGAAAGAAUAUGGAAAUACGGAACAAAUGCCACUACAUCGAAUUGCCAAAGGAACCAAAACGUCCACCGAAAUCUGCACACAAUGCGUGACACUUGGCAAUAACGAAUCAAUUGCAGAAAAGUGUCCUUAAAAGUCACAUUGUUGACUUUCUAUCAUUACGGUAGCUAGCGUGAAUUAUAAACGUUAGAUUACAUGACACUUAUAUCUCUCGUCUCUUCCCUCUUCAAUGCUUUCGCGCGGUCAAGUCAUAAUUCAUCCACACUUUUUUUGUCAAAAUCACAAUUAAUCACUUCUACGAGAGCAGAACAUACUCGUAUUUUGUAAUUAAAUUAUUAUUUAAUCAAAGUAUUUUCAUUUUCUUUCACUUUUAAUUAGUUAUAUUUAU